AUAACAUGUUGAGUUCGGUGCCUUUCCACUGUACGAGGAUUACGUGAACGCACCAUGACACUGUCAGCUAGCCUAGCCGGCUAAAUUGGCUAAUCUGAUUUAUCGUCUCGGUUAAGCGCACGUAACGCUAGACAGGAUUACCAAAUUUAGUUUCUCAUAUUUAUCGUUUAACGCAAUAUCUGUCUGACGUCAAAUAGCCACCUAUUUCAGUAAUGGCAUCGCUUGGGGAGCCCGUGCGGUUGGAAAGAGAUAUUAACCGUGCCGUUGAACUGCUUGAUAAGCUGCAGAGGACCGGGGAAGUGCCACCCCAGAAGCUGCAGGCGCUGCAGAGGGUCUUACAGAGUGAAUUCUGUAACGCUGUCAGAGAAGUUUAUGAACAUGUUUAUGAAACAGUGGACAUCAACAGCAGUCCUGAGGUCCGGGCCAACGCUACAGCUAAGGCUACUGUGGCAGCUUUUGCAGCAAGUGAGGGUCACUCGCAUCCUCGUGUCGUGGAAUUGCCCAAGACAGAAGAAGGCCUUGGUUUCAAUAUAAUGGGUGGAAAGGAGCAAAACUCACCGAUAUACAUCUCCCGAAUCAUCCCAGGAGGCAUUGCUGACCGACAUGGAGGUCUGAAGAGAGGCGACCAGCUUCUCUCUGUUAAUGGGGUGAGCGUGGAAGGUGAGCACCAUGAGAAAGCUGUGGAACUCCUCAAAGCAGCUCAGGGCACAGUGAAGCUGGUAGUAAGGUACACCCCCAAAGUCCUUGAGGAAAUGGAGUCACGCUUUGAGAAAAUGAGGUCGGCAAAGCGCCGGCAACAGAACAACUAUCCCCAGUAGGAUUUUUCCGUGCUCAUGCCCAGCUCAUAACUCUCUACUCUUCUAGCUUUCUGGCCAUUUGUUCUGGUCUCUUUCUUAUCCCCUUACCCAAAAAACCAUAACAAACGUACUAGAAGUUUAGUCUGGUUCCUACUCACACAUACUGGAUAUUGUUCUUCUGCCAUUUUCUGCAGCAUUUGUAAUAUUCACCGUUGUUACACUGGACACUACAACUCUAGACAAACACUAGAAUGAUCAUGAUUGUCAGUGUAGGUGGUCACUCACAUGUGUGCAUUAUUUUUGAAAUGACAAUUUGAAUGCAAGCUUGAGACAAACUACACAACUCCUUAGACUGGAUCAGUAGUGUUUUUAAUUCUUUCAUCACAGCCACUACCAAGUGCCUCAGGGCAAACACAUUUAUCUUAUGUACUGUGUUCACAGUUCUUUAUUUCUUUUUUUUUUAAUGGUUACAAGUCAAGUACUGGUAAUUAAAUGCUUGUGGCAGGAUUUAUUACAUGCUUUGCAUCAGUUAUUCUCAAAGAUCAUUUCAUAUGAUGUAAAUACAUAUGAAACAUAUGUAAAACCCUUUAAUUGUGCAGACUUAUAAAAGAUGCAAUUUUAUUUUUACUGGCACUCUACAAUAAAGACUCAUUCAGACUUGUGUCUGAAUGAGGAAGAUUUGAAGGAGCUGAAGACAGUUUGAAUUAAUAUAAAAAAAAAAGAUAUGUUGAUAAUAAGGGAAACACAAACAAACAAAAAUAAUGGAUUACCUUUAGUGUUUUUCUCUGGGCUUGCUCUUUAGGUUUUCUAAAGUUGUGCCACACUACAAAAAGCUCAGCAGGUACUGCAAAUGAAGUAAUUGGGGGGGGGGGUCUCAACAACUUUUGAACAAAAUUUCUGCCACCACAGAAACUCAAAUUUUUUACUUGAAUCAAAGUAAGAAAUCAGAUGCUGUCAGCAUGACGAGACGAAACCUGUUUGGCCUCAGAUUAAUUUGUCUUGGCAUAAAUCAGUGAUGUUCUGUAUUCAGGUGUUCUGUGUGUUGCCAGGUACAAUGCGUACUUAAUAAGAAGUCAGAAGCUUAACAUUUGUCUUUGAUGUCUGCGAAAAACUCCUUGUUAGGAUUGUUAGCAUCGUUCAGAGUGAAAUCUCAUAACAUGAAACAAUCUCUUAAAGUCACAAUGAUGCCUGAUGCAAGCUUUCAUCAUUGUUUUGAUUAAUGAAUUGGCAGAUAUCACACAUACUGGAUAUGUUUGCUGCGUAGUCAUCAAGACUUUACACACUGAUCAGGCCCUAAUUCUGUUGCACACCAUUCAUUUUUUUAUUUUUCUGUCUGUGCUGUUAAUCACAGUCUUCUUAAGUGAAACAGUCUCUUCAUUUGCAAUUUUUUUUUCCAACCUGGUAAUUGUUGACAUUUUUAAAGUUUGAACUCCAUUCAAACACAGAGGUACAUUUAAUGAGUUUAAACUUUUUCUGGCAUGUGUGUCAUCGCAUAUUUAUUUUCAUACGUACACAUUUUUGUCAUUUUUCUUCUGUGAUCACCAACAUUCACCUUUGCUCCAUUAAAUAGUCUAGUGGCACUGAUGUAUUAUGUGUGUAAUAUACAAACUGCACAGUUGGUUCUGAUAUGCUGCUUUGAAGCAGGUUCAGAACAUUAUGUAAGCUCUCCUACCUUUACACAUACAACAUAUUUUGGUUUAAACUGCUUACAGUAUGCACGUUUAGCUUUCAUAGUCAUAUUAAUCAUAUCAUACAGAUUGUGAAUUUCCCCAUUGUGGGACAAUAAAGGAAAACUUAUCAGGAUAAAACUUCCUGUCAUGCGCAAAAACCUGCCUACAUGCAACAUGUCAGUUUAUUAUACAACGUGAAACAGCUAAAGUGAGUUUUCUUGCUAAGGAGUAAAGUCGAUUUCGAUGUAAAUGAAUGUCACUCGCAGUCACCUCAUCACCCUGUCUUUCGGUGUGUGCAACAAGCUGAAUUUUGAAGACUUAUUCUUAAGAGUGUUGUGUUUCCAUGGUAAAUGCAAGCUAAUGUACAGAGUAUCACGUGAACUGGUGUUUAGCUGAUUGAAGCCAUACUGUCGUCCAGCCUCAGGAUCAACACAUCACAUAACUGAAGGCAGUAACAAUGAAUUGUCAUUUAUGUAACUGAUGCAGAAAUUCGAUGGUGGACAAAGUAACAGAAACAUCUUUUGUCUGUUACAUUUUCCACAUGCGUCCAUUAUUACCCAUCAUGUAUACACAAAAUCUUAAAGUUCUUUUAAAUACCAAGUUCACUUGAGGGAUUGGCUUCAUUCAAGUCACUCACUCAAGUGGAAUUAACUUUAAUUUAAUGGCGUUACUUUAAAUUGUGAGAAAAAUGAUACACGAUGACCACAUAGCUCUAUUACAUUUAGUGUGUGUGCUCCCUGUAAUCCAUUAGUCCUUUGUUCUGAAAAAUGCUGAAUUUGGGGAGAAAAAUAAUAAAAUAAAACACACAGUACUGCAAAAACUGAAUUCUUAUCAAUUAUCUAUGCAAAGUCAUGUAAAAACUUGAGAAAAAUCCUGCAAUGGUGCAAAACAGCUCUCCUUUUACUGCAGAAAGUUACUAAGAUGCUACUACUUUAAGACUGUGUGGAUGCUUCUAAUGUAAGGGGACUUGUUCAACAAUACCGGGACCACUACACUGAGACACAGUCACACAUUGUUAUGACCACACAUAUGGUUAUGACACAUUAACAGUGUUUGUUAUUUUAACACUCUCAUGUUGAUCACCAUGUAAAGUAGCUGCAGUGAAAACUUCCAUGUGAUUCUAGCCUCGCCGCUUAAUCAACGAUAGUCAGGAUGCAUGUAGAAGAAUACGCGAAUGUGAAAAUGUGGCUAGCAGUAGACCGUUUCCACAGGCUGCUUUCAGCAUACUUUUGUUCCGAGGCAGAGACAUUUAGCAGAAGAUUCAUAGAGGUGUACAUAAAAGUUGAGAGGUCUUAAUAUAAUGUAUAGUUUGUCCCUUACUUGUGUUUUAUCCAGCAAUAGCUUACUAGAUUCAUUGCAUAGACACAGGAAAAAAAAAAAGAAAUGAGACUUGGUACUGAUACUGCACAGUCACACUCUCCACUGAAUGUCACUGACCAUCGUUUAACUUAGUUGCAAUAUUUUGAAAAGUACCCUCCAACUUUCUACCCAUUUUCCUUGUUUAUAUAUUGGAAUGGUCAAUAGAGUAUUUUUUAUAAUACUUUUGUUUUGAUAUUUUUCUCAAUUUUUAUAUGUGAUUUUCCUAAAAACAAAUGCCAGGACCGAUUGGUACUUCCAUGUGGACUGUGUACCAGGGCCAUAUCAGCAAAGCUCCUCUGAAAAGCAGCUCUGAUGGAGGACGGUUGCAGAAAUCCCCUGCAGACCUAAGAGGAAAAACUGUCCUACAUCAGCACCUCCUUUUCUGAGAUCUGAGCUGAUUUUUUUUUUCCUUUUCUUUCUAGUACCAAGACCAAAUUUGCAACAUUUGUGAAAACUUUGAUAAUGUUUUGAAAUGUUUUAGUCUGUGCUGUUUAGGAUUACUACCUGUAGGUUGUGUUGUGUUACUUUGUGUUAUUCUCUGGUUUCUUACUUAAUUUACUGUGUAUUGAUGUGGAAUGUAAAAUGUUGUGAUGUAGAAUAUAAUAAUUGGACUGAAGGCUAAAUAAACAAUAGAUAAAUGUAUGACUUCU